AUGGUACGAAAUUAUGUCCGAAAAACAGAUAGAGCAACUAAAUAUACGCGUGAUGACUUGUUGGAAGCUAUCGGGAAAGUAAAAAGUGGUGAAUUGACGGCGUACAGAGCCUCUAUUGCUUACAAUAUUCCUAGACCAACAAUAGUAGCUCGAGUGUAUGGUAGAUAUGGCGAUAAAUCUGAUUCUUUAGGAAGAUGUACAGUUAUUCCAAUGGAAAUAGAAACAAGAUUGGCAGAAAACUUACAUCAAAUGGAAAUAUACGGAUUCGGUUUAUCAAGAACAGAAAUAAUGGAGCUUGGUGGACACAAUGUAACAAAAAACAACAUAAAAAAUCCUUUUAAAAACGGCAUCCCAGGAGAAGACUGGUUUUUGACUUUCAAAAAACGACACAAUUUUGCCGUCAAAAAACCACAAGCCGUGGAAAAUUCUCGGAAAAAGGCCUGCAAUCCUUGGAUCAUAUACUCCUAUUAUGAUUUGCUGAAAAAAACAAUGGACGAAUUGGAAUUACACGAUAAACCUUCACAGAUAUGGAACUUAGACGAAACGAGUUUUUGCAAAGACCCCAGUAAAACCAAAGUAGUGGGUUCGAAAGGAUAUGCUUCUACUAGAACUAUUGCAUCACCUGGCAAAAGCAACACUACGGUUUUACUGGGAAUUAGUGCCGCUGGAGACAAAACUCCCCCACUAAUUGUUUAUAAAGGGAAAGACAUUUGGGACCAGUGGAUGACUAAGGAUGACUAUCCUGGGACUAGGUAUGCAGCGACCAAGAAUGGUUGGAUGGAAACCGAUGUAUUUGAGAGAUUUUUUGAAAAAGUGUUUUUGCCGACAGUGGGUCAAAAACGACCGAUAUUACUAAUAUAUGAUGGCCACUCAACCCAUGUAGGAUUAAACAUAAUAGAAAAAGCACGUGAAGCGGACAUCACUAUUUUGAAAAUACCAGCACACACCAGCGACAAUCUGCAGCCGCUAGAUUUGGCAGUAAAUAAGUCUUUUAAGGACAAGUGGGAUCAGGCCCUUGUAAAGUGGCAAAGAUUGCAUGUGGGUGAAGUGAUGCCAAAAAAAGACUUCUCAAAGCUUAUUGGCGAAAUUUGGGCUCAAGUAGAUCCUAAAGUUUGUGUUGCUGGGUUUCGCAAAGCUGGUAUUUAUCCUUUUAACAAUAAAGCAGUGCCAGAAGAAAAAUUUCACCCAGACCAACUUGCGAAAUAUAAAAAACAGCUUUGCCAAUCCAAUGAACCUCAAACUCAAGACCAAAGUACUCAGCCAACUCCUGGCCCCUCAUGGGCCAAAGAUUUAUCCAAGAAUGAAACUGAGACUCCACCCGUGAGCAACACAAGUAUCGGUGUUCCAUCGUCAUUACCUUCAUUAAUUUCCAUCUGUUUGAAAAAAGUAAAUGAUCAUGAUAAAAAAUGCUUAUCUGUAAAAGACAAACACCAUUCUGACGCCAAAACUGCUGAAACUACACAGUCUAAUGAUUUCAAUGCUAAAAAAAUUACUAUUAUAGAUGAUCGUCUAGUAAAGUGUAAGUAUACUUUUGAAGAAUUGUUGCUUCAGAAAAUAAAAUCAGGGUCACCACAUAACAAAGAAAAACGUACAAAAGUUGCUUGCGGUGCCGAAGUAAUUACAAGUGAAGAAGUAUUUAAAAAGCAAAAACAUACUGAAGAAGAAAAGAUGAAAAGAAAUAAAGAAAAAGAGGAAAGAAUAAAAAAAAUGGAGAAAAAAUUAUUAAAAGACAUAAAUAUAAAAACUAGUAAAGAGAAAAAUAAAGCAAUAAAAAAUACGACAACUGAAGGAGGCGGAAAAAAGACUGCAAAUGUUAAAAUAUUAGAGAACAACAAAAGCAGAAAGUCUAAUAAAAGUAAUAUAAAAAACGUAAAGAGACAAACUUCGGCAAACAGUAAAAAGAGAAAGCUAGACUAUUAUUCAACCAGUGAAAGUGAUGCUGACUUAGAACUAAUGGAUGAAAGUGAUCUAGAAAAUUUAGAAGAUAUGUUAGAUAAUAAGGAAAAGGAUCUAGCAAACUACAAAGAAAUUUUAGAUGAUGUGGAAAAUUAUCAAAAUGAUGAUUUACAAACAGAAACAAAUAAUUCGGAUGAUUAUGAUGAUCUGCCCACCAGUACUGUUGUUACAGGACAAUGGGUUUUGGUAAAAUUUACAACAAAAUCAAGCUUAAAACAUUAUGUAGGAAUAGUUUCAAGUGUAAACCAUGAGUGA